UGAAGGCGGGUUUUCCACUGUUUACUUCCGGGACGCCGCUGUGGCUAAAGAUGGCUUCUCUGGACAGAGUGAAGGUUUUAGUUUUGGGAGAUUCCGGUGUGGGCAAAUCCUCCCUGGUCCAUCUUCUCUGUCAGAAUCAGGUGCUGGGAAAUCCAUCAUGGACUGUUGGUUGCUCGGUGGAUGUUCGUGUUCAAGACUAUAAAGAGGGAACCCCGGAGGAGAAAACCUACUACAUUGAGCUGUGGGAUGUCGGAGGAUCUAUCGGCAGUGCCAGCAGCAUCAAAAGCACCAGAGCUGUCUUCUACAAUUCAAUUAAUGGAAUUAUACUGGUGCAUGAUUUGACAAAUAAGAAAUCCUCUCAGAACCUUUACCGCUGGUCACUGGAAGCUUUGAAUAAGGAUUCGUCUCCAACAGGAGUCAUUGUCUCAAACGGCAGUGACUAUGAUAGAGAGCAGUUUGCUGAGAACCCAGUGCCUUUGCUGCUGAUUGGCACCAAGUUUGACCAGAUCGCAGACAACAAGCGAAAUGAAGUUCUCACCCGAACAGCCUUUCUCUCUGAAGACUUCAAUGCCGAGGAGAUUAAUCUGGACUGCACUAACCCCAGAUACCUGGCUGCAGGCACAUCGAAUGCAGUGAAGCUGAGCAGGUUCUUUGACAAGGUUAUAGAAAAGAGAUAUUUCACAAGAGAUCCAAGUCAGAUGACAGGUUUCACUGACAGAAAGCGCUUCAACUUCAAAAGUUUACACUAUGACUGAUGAGGCUGGAGCGCUGCAGCGGUGGCCUUGGGGGUUUGAUCAGAGUGCAUGUGUGGGCUCCUCCACCACAACCACCACACUCACUGAGAUACUUUUGAUAUCUGCCCUCGUCUGAUACACCGCCAUUUCUCCCUCACUCCAUUCAGUCUUACACACACUUUCACCCAGAAAUGACUCAGACCUAUGCUGCUGACAAAAGAGUUUUUAAAUGAGAUAAAGAAAGAAAUUUGUACAUAGUUGACAAAACUUGCACAAGGAUUUUUCAAAAAGGAAGUUGCAGGAAUGAAAAGACAAGCUUGAGCAAUGUUUGAAAGGACAAAGGCACAUUCUUUAACUGUACAGCAAGAUGUUAGGUUGAAUAUAUUCUCCAAAUUCUUCUUCUUUUUAAUAAAAGCAACUGUGAUUUUUUUUUUUUUUCAUACCUCUGCAAAACAUUCACAUGUACCAGUUUCCCUUUAAGGCUAAAUUAAUUUAAAUUUCGCUAAUUUAUUAAGCUGCGUAAAUAAUCAAGUGAAGAAAGGGAUAACUUCUUGGCCUCUGAAUAGUGGCUCAUAUAACAUUCCCCUACCCCUGCAUGGUUUUCUUGAUCCAGGGAAGAAAGAAGUGUAGGUUCAUGAAGACAUGGGGAUACUCAGUAUUGUCGCAGUCAUUCUCGGCAGUAUAAGCUGUGAUACCCUGAAGUUUGCUUUUGCAGAUCAGCGGUCCGCCAGAAUCCCCCUGCACGGAAAAGGCAACAGAAACACUUGAUUGUGGAAAGAGUGCUCUUAAUGAAUUAAAGAAAUUAUUUGUGA